GUCUGCGUUGAAAAUAAGUAAGAGGAACCACAAUACAAUGAAGUUUAGCCUAACCCAAAAUGGAUGGACCUCUCACUCUAUUUGUCACUCGUUCGAUUGUUCAUCGUGUUUUGUUUGUCUGUCAUCUAUGCCUUUAUUAGUUUACAGUAAAAAGCUCCGCAGCGUUAGUGCAGCCAUAAGCUCAGGCCAGUAAAGAAAAAGACCACGCUCAAUGAUUGGCUAAAAACAACAAGCCCAAUCAGCCAAUCAGAAUGACCAACUGCGACCUGCAGUUGGUCUACAGACCGUGGUCUUUCUUACGCCCUCUGUUAGGCUAGUUUUCGCCUGACAUAAAAGGGUAGAAAAUGAAACGAGAAUUAUUUGGACCCCUCAUCUAUUUUAGGGCGUAAACGGACUAGCCUACAAUCCAGUUAAAAAUUCAUUCUGCCCUAUCACCCCGCGUGGGUGAUAUAUGCAUAUUGGCAAUUGUAAUGAAAAAGCUUGCCUCCUAAGCGGGAUAGAUGCCCUUACAUUCAAUCAUUAAUAUUUGGUUUCUGUAAAAAUUGGAUUUACCUACAUUGUGUAACUAUCUAAAUUCUGUCAAUUAUUGUAUAAUUCUUCGAUCGCAUUUCUCCUCCGUGCAUUUACCAAUUUACUUGGAUUUUGUAAACAAAACAAAGAAAAUCAAUAAAAUGCUUCAUCGACCAAGUCUAAUGCCAUCAUCAAUGAAAUCAUCCUGUAAACUCUCUGUACCUACAAACGCAUCACAAAGUUCAUCUCACUCCAUGAAGACAGAAAAACCGAUUUCAAGUCAAUUCUUCGAUUAUGCUAAUGAUGAUGAAAUAAUUGUUCUUGAACCUACAGAUCCAGAUGAAGAUCGUCUGAAACAAGAAGAAGCGGCAGCAGCAGCAGCAGCUGCUGCAGUAGUAGUAGUAGAAAAAACAACUAAGGAGGAAGAGGAGGAAGUAGAGUAUGCUGAUGAUGGUGGUAAUCACGAUGUACAAAUGAACACAGUUGAACCGCCUACUUCUACUAACUGUAUCCCCGUGUUUGAGAAUAAAAUCGAUGCACCAACAGUGAUCAAUCAAGUCCCUAUCACUGUUACUACACGAACACCUAGAACAAUCGGGAUCCUACCAUUGAACGAUACUGUUCAAACGAUGCUGACAUCUACACCACGUACUCCUAUACAAACUGUUUCAUUCCAGCCAAUAUUACCGGCUAGAGUUAAUUCUACAGGAAAUGCACAGAACACCUGUGUUGUCUCCACUGCUUUGCCUACAGUAUGGCUUCAUUCACCUAUAGCUAAUACAACCAGUAUUAGUCUAUCGAAUGUGACUAAUACUGUUAAUGAAUUGACGAAUAAUAUAACACAGAAUAAUAUUGCCUUGAAUCCUCUUGUUGCUGCUGUUCUCGUCAAUUGUGCUACAGUGAAUAUGAUAAGUCAACUUGCUGGAUCUAUGUGUACACCAACUGUCAGCGCUACCACAAAUCCCAAUAGUAGUAGUGUUGUCAAUACUCCCAAUGGAGUUAAUACUAUAACAAUACCUUCAGCUUCCUUGUUGCCUAAUUUAUUAUCUUCUAUCCCUUUGUCUACAUAUAUACCUGGAUUAUCGUUCAAUGCAAACACAGGUGUUUUAACUACCCCAAAUACUCUAUCAACCAAUAAAACGAUGAUCUCAAGCACAGCAUUGAAUACUAACAAUAUUGGUAGUAUUAUUAUUACACCGUCAAGUAUUGGAAACACUUCUAUUACACUACCUUCAGAUCAAACUACAAGUCAAGCUGAUUAUUUACAUUUAUCUGAUAGUAAAAAUCCUCAAAAAUCAUCUGGACGUAUAAAACGUUUUAAAUGUCCUUUGCCUAAUUGUGAAAUGUCAUUCUAUAGUAGAUUUAAUCAAAUGGAACAUAUACGUACGCAUACAGGUGAACGUCCAUUCACUUGUCCUGAACCACAAUGUACUGCAGCAUUUAAACGUCGACGUGAUCUUCGUGAUCAUUGGAAUAUGCAUCUAUUAGAUAAUCCACCUUCAGCUACAUUAACUGAAGAAGAAUUCAAUAAGGCUAUGAAAGAAGCUGAUGAAAAAUAUAAUGCAAUGUAUAACCUUGAAUCAUUUCAUUUAAACAAUUCAGUAAAUAAAGAUGUUGACAAGUCAACAGUUGAUAAAAUCGAUACUCCUCAAACUUCAGUUGUAAUUCCUGAUCCUAGAGCUUUGUUCACUAAACGAUCUGUUAAUGAAUUAGGCAGAUAUCAUUGUACAUAUCCUGGUUGUGAUAAAUCGUAUGCUAGACGGCAUCGAUUGAAUCAGCAUAUAUCAACGCAUACUGGCACUGGUCCAAUUCCUUGUGAUGAACCUAAUUGUCAUGUGAGGUAUUUUUCAGAGGAGGAUUUGCAACGUCAUAAACUGUCACAUUUAUAUGCAGCUGAUAAAAGUUCACGUCGUCGACAUGUUUGUACCUAUCCUGAUUGUGAUAAAGCUUAUUCAAAGUUGAAUAAACUCAAGGAACAUCUUCGAUCGCAUACUGGUGAAAGACCGUAUGUUUGUCGAGAACCUGGUUGUGGUGCUGCAUUUAUUCGCUUAUAUGGUGUUAAACGUCAUGAGUUGACUCAUGUAUUCGGUCGAAAACGUACUAAACGACUUACACGAUACAAUACAAGUCUACCGAAUAUUACAAAUGGAAAUAUUUUAGAUCCUUCAGGUCAAAAAUUUGGCGGACAAUUGAAUCCAGAGCUCACUGCUGCUUUAAAUAUCUUGAAUAAUAAGUCAUCAGACCAAGCGGACUCAAAAGUAAACACUUCAACUGGAUCAUCUGUUAUGAAAAAUCGUCCUCUUCCUGCAAUUGCACCAAAGUUACCUACAACCCUACCUAUGCGUCCCAUCUCUCCAAUUAAUGGGAAUCCAGGUAUGAGACGACCUCAUGUUUGUCCAUUUAAAGAAUGCGGUAAAGCAUUCCCUAAACUGAACAAGCUACGAGAGCAUAUCUGUCGGCAUACAGGUGAACGACCUUUUGUCUGUGAUAAAUGCAAGGCUUCAUUUGUUCGUAUGUAUGACUUGCGUCGUCACACUAAUAUUCACCUACGAGGAGCACAACCGAGAAGUUUGUCCCGAUUCUACACCACUCCAUCUUCAACAAAUGAUACCUUGGAACCUACUGGUAUGGUGGAUAACUCUACUGUCUCAUAUCUUAGUACUGAUAUGUCCGUUGAUGAAACUACUGUUCCACCUAGUAUUGUUAUCACCACAACUACUGUUACUACAACCAAUACUAUUGCUUCUGAUACUACACCAAUCAUUACAAAACUCGAAGAGACACUAGUUAAGGUGGAAAACACCAAUGAACCGUUAAUAAUUAAACCAUGUGACAGCCAACAAUCAUGAUCAGGUAACCGAUUGUAUUCAUGAUAAAAUUCUACCAUGAAUUUCAAUUAUUUCCCACCAUUUGUAGGAUAAGUAACUUCACAAGUUGAUCAUCAACUGUUCCACAAUAUUCUUGCCUAAGUUAUAUACAACAUCCAUCCCUAUGUGUGUGUGUGUAGUUGUAGUUGUUUUACUUCUAUGUUGCAUAUAAUGAUAAUGACUGACCUUGUAAUUUCAUUGACUUAUUUCUUUUUAUUAUUAGUAAUUCAUUAUUGAAGGCCGAAUUUGAUUUGUUGCUUCUGUGUAUCCAACACUCUUUAGUCACAGUUAUGCACAUUUGUAAUUGGUUUUGUGUGUAUGUGUGUGUGUAAUAUGAGAAGAAAAUUUUUAGAAAAGAGACGAAACAAUUCUCCAUUAUUUUUCAUGUUUAUUAAAUUUAGUGAUCAAAUUCGUGUAUUUCAUGUCAUUUUUCAAUGUUUAGUGCAUACAUUGCCCAUCUACUCUGUGUGUGUGUGUGUGUGUAUUUUCUGAUGAGAAAUCAUCUCUGUGAUAAUCUAUCAAACAUUGAAAUGAGAAUAAACUCUAUAAUGAGUAUUGAUUUUAUGUUUGCGUUUAUUGAUUUAUUGAUCCAAAAAUGGUUUGAAUAGUUCAGGUUAUAUGAUGAUGAGUCAUAUAUAUAUAUGUGUUGACCUUUCGAUGCUUAGUGUUUCGUUUGAAUGCGUGAAUCCACUUCAUGAAUAUCAAGAAUUUGUAUAAAGUAAGGACUUGGAAUUUUGUCUUUCAGGCUUGGUUUCUAACCUAAUGCACUUGUCAUGAGACCAGACUAGUUCUGAUUUCCACUUCACCCUUGGGA